GGUGUAGUAACAGAUUUUGAACUAUUGAAGGGUUUUCUUAUACUGCACAUUUUGAUUAUUUGCAUAUUUUGUUUUUGCCUCCUUACUAUAAUUUAGAUUUUUGGUUUUUGAGUACAGUAAUUUCCGAUCUAGUGAUUUAAUUCGCGUGUUUCAGUUUUAAAUUGAUUUUUUUAGGUUCAAAGUAUCUUUCAAUUUACGUUAUGGUAAACCUGUUGGGAUAUAAAUAAUGAGCGAUGAAAUAUGGUAUCAUGGGCGUGUUAAUCGACAGCAAUCAGAAGAACUAUUGCUUUCUGCUGCAGUAGAUGGUAGUUUUGUUGUUAGAGCAAGCGAAUCAAGGGCAGGGGCUUAUGCGUUGAGUGUUUUAUUCAACAAUUCUGUACACACAUAUAGAAUACUGCCAACUGAGAAUAAUACCUUGGCAGUACAGACCGUCAACGGAGUUCAACAAAGGAAAUUUAAAAGUUUGACCGAACUUGUACAUGAAUAUAGAAAUUCACAAAAUGGAUUGGUUUGUGGUUUAUCUAAUCCUGUGGGGUUGGAUAGCAAAACAAGGCCUUCAACAUCUUCAGCAUUUGAUUCCACCUUAGCCAUAUCUCGUCUUGAAACUCUGCCAGCCACCCCACCCUCCCUACCCACCACACCCAGGGGGACAACUUUUCCCGCUCUAAGGUUAUUACCAACCCCAAUACCCAGAUCCCAAUCCAACACAUCUCUAGCUGGUGACAAACAGCGUGAAUUACCGUCUCCACCAACAAGGGAAGCACCAAGUAGAACGGAAACUGCAAGUAAAGAGACAAUAGUUCAAAACAAGUUGGUUACGCGUUUAAGGGAAUUACAAUCAAUCUGUCCCGGGUUGAACACAAAUUUCAUGGAGUUGGUUAGCCAAUAUACCACAGAUGGUGGAUUGACAGCUGACAUGCAGUCAAUAAAGCGUGGCGUAGGACAAUGCGAGCAACUGCAAACUUUACUUGCCAAAGAAGCGUUAGUCUUUCAAAGUGAAUUAGAAAACUUCCUCACUAAGAUUGACAUUUUACGACAACUUUUUGACCUGGGCUCCCCACCACGGAAGCCGUUAUCUUCUAAAAGGGUUUCAAAUGAAGAUGUGGACCUUGAUACUUUCCUUGGUCGUUUGGGGGAUUGUGGGACGGUGGUUAAGACGCUAAACAAGCGUGCGUGCAUAAACCUUCAGGAAAUGCUUGGAGUUGCCAAGACAGGGUCAGUGGCCAUCACUCGUAAACCAUCACGAGUUAGUACUUUAAGUGAAAGAAUAUUUGAGGUGAAAUUAGAAGGAGCCCUCACAAGUUCAAAACAAAAACUGAAGGUAAAUGCUUCAAAAGGAAAACUAACAAUUGUUAAAGGAGAAGGUUCGGUGGAAUAUGAUCAUUCACAAGUUCUCCAAAUUGUGAAAAAUAACAAAUCAAAGAACAAGCUCGGAAUUGUGCUUGAGGGACAUAAGAAGAGAGAUUAUAUAUUUGAUAAAAGUUCUCUACGUGAAGUAUUUUGCCAACUGAUGCAGCAUGUUAGGAACACCCAUAACACUUCUGCUGAACCAGAUUGUAUCUCAAUAUUCUGUGGGUCAUGGAACAUGGGUGAUGAAAUUCCUCCAAAUGAAAUUAGUUCAUGGUUUUUAUGCAGUGGAAGUGGGAAGACAUUAGAUGACACAUUACAAGCCAUUCCCCAUGAUAUAUACGUGGUUGGAACGCAAGAAACGGGGUUGCCUGAGAAAGAUUGGAUGCACAAGGUCCAUGAUACAAUACAGGACAUCACAAACAUGUCUUUUCAUCUGGUGGCAAUGGAUGCAUUAUGGCACAUUAAGAUACUUAUAUUUGUUAAAGAAGAACACAAGCAUAGAGUCAGCCAUGUCAAAACAUCAAGUGUCAAAACUGGAAUCGCAAAUGCUCUUGGAAACAAAGGAGCUGUGGGUGUCUCGUUCCAAUUUGGAGGAACGUCAUUCUGUUUUAUUAACGCUCAUCUAACCUCUGGAGCAGAGAAAUGUGCACGACGAAACCAAAACUAUCACGAUAUUUCACGAUCAAUAAACCUUGGUGAAGACAGGUUCAGUGUGUUUGAUCUCGCCAAUAGAUUUGAUCAUCUUUAUUUUCUGGGUGAUCUAAAUUACAGGUUGGAAAUGGAGGCCACUGAAAUAUUUGCGCAUAUACAGAAGAAGGAAUAUCCGAUUCUAUACAAAGUUGACCAACUUAGAAGAGAAAAGGAAUUAAAUAAAGCUUUUGCUGGAUAUUGCGAGGAUGAAAUUUGUUUCCCACCAACUUAUCGAUACGAGCGAGGCACCAGGGAAGCUUACUCACAUCUUAAGGUUAAGAAGACAGGGAUUCGUAUUAACGUCCCAUCGUGGUGUGACCGUGUGCUGUGGAGAUCCUACCCCGAAACACACAAUGUUUGUUUGGCUUACGGUUGCAGUGACGAUAUAAUGUCCAGUGAUCAUUCCCCGCUUUUCUCCAAUUUCCAAGUUGGAGUAAGAGGUCAAUACGUAUCAAACGAAGAAAUUCGGAAUAAUCCGUCAACAUUUGACAUGAAAUCCACAAUUACAUUUGAAUGGGUGGAAGUCAUCUUAAAAGUUCCAGGAAAAACAUCUUUCUUCCUUCAGUUUUACUCCGUUUGUCUAAACAAACCAGUUCGAAGCAGUCGAAACACGAAAUUCGACACGCACGAUGUAGGGCCAAACCUUGCCCGUAUAAAGUGGAACAAAGAUUCCAUCGAACAGUUAGAACCCAUCAUAUCAGAUAAAGCAUUCCUGGUUGACCAACAUAUAUUGGUGGCUGUGCGUGCAGAAGAUGACAAUGAAGUUCAUGCUGAGUGCGUGAUCGCCCUCCGUUCAAUGAUUGGCACGGAAGCUCAACCAUUCGAAGAAAGAUUAACAAGAAGAGGAGAAGAAUCCGGUCAAAUACGUGGAAGGAUGCAUGUAAAAGCUAGAGAAUCCACAAGAGCUCCGAGAGAGAAAACUUACGACUUCAUCCAAAUCGGAGGACCACGGGACGAAGAGGGUAGAAGAAUCAAGUCCCAGAUUAUACCAGAAGCAGCAUACAGUGAUUUAAAUGAAAUACAACAACAAAGAUUAAACCCAACUAAACCCAACAUAAGACCUCGUGCCCCUUCCCCGAAUAGAAUCAUAGCAGACACUUCCAGCACACAACAUACGCCAGAAGUUGCUGUUUACGGAGAAACUGAAAAUGAUGCCGCACAAACCUCUCUGGCUCCACCUCGUGGCCAAUUGAACCCACCCCAACCAGCCGUAAACCGAACUAUUUCGGGACCACCAGCUUCCACAACAACCAUAAGUACAAGCCCCAACUUUAACAAUCUGCUUCACCAGUUCAGUGCAGAUCCACCAGUUGUUCCCCAACGGGUCACUUUCACACCCCGUAGCGCCAAUGUGCCAGUCCCGACCCCGAGGCCAAAAAUACCCCCUGCAAGAAGUUCUCCGAACCCGAAUUCGUCGAGUGCAACCGUAACGAAUGUAUUGGAUGACGCACUUGCAGAGUUCGAAAAAAUGCAGUUGAUUCUCAACCAGCAGCAAACAAAUAUAGCUGUUGAAACAAUGCCCUUCUAUGUGAACCAGGGUAACCAAGCAUCCACAUUCAGUCAAUCAUCAAAUCAUAACCAGGUAAAACUAAACCAACAAAUCCCACAAACUGUUCACGCCUCAUCAGCCCCAUCUAGCGGUAGGAUUUCCCCAGUCAAUCCACGGUUACUCCCACCACAUGGUGGCCCUCGUGUUCGUUCAGCUGAAGUCAGUCCACCAAGCACAGUAACCGAGCUACUUUCCAUUCUUCGGUUGCAACAAUAUGCUCCUGCAUUGCAAGAGAAUGGUUGGGACAGUAUUGAGUUCAUAGGCGAUAUUACUGAGGAAGAUCUUCAAGACUCUGGCAUAACCAACCCACAACAUUGCCGCAGCAUAAUCGACCUUAUUCAAACUUUAUCUUUGUAAAUAUGAACUUUACGUUCUAGGAAUACAAUAAUGUAUCUGCCAAAAAUCUGUCUAAUUUAAUGAGAGAUUUUUUUGAAUUCUGAGAGUUUUUCUUUUUUUUCGAAAAUUUUAAGAAUUCUUUCUUUUUUUAACAAUUCUAAGAAUUUUUCUUUUUUUUCAAUUCUGAUUACACACAAGCGUUGUCAUAGCAGUGUCCACUGUAUACAAGUCUAUGCGAAACACCUACCUACCCUAUCAUGUUUCCCAUCCCUUCUUCAGUUUGUUGUUCAAUAUCGGCCAAGGAGAUUAAUGUCGUAUAUAGUAGGUUGGGGUAAAAUGGGACGCCUUUUUAUUCUUUUUCCCGACUCAUUUGUUAAUAAACGAGGAAAGUUUAAAAAAUUAAAAACCGUACGGGCUCUCAUGAACCGUUGUUAGUUGUUUAAAACACGAUCAAUAUAUUUGAAGAUUAUGUGAUAAAGGUGUCCCAUAUUACCCCCACAGUACUAUAAAUAAUUGCCUUAAUGUUGAAUUUUUCAAUCAUUGCAGUAUUUAAUUCAAAUCUUUCUAUUUUCUUCCCAAUUUUAUCUCCGUAAUUAUCGUCGUAUCGUCUUAUUCUUGUUUCCCGUUAUUCAUGAAAAUUCUGUACAAGUGUAAGGCCCUACAGCGAACCAUGGCAUCGGAAUUAGGGCACAGUUAGCCCAUUACCCCAACACAAAAAUCACGUGAAUCCUAUACAAUCAUAAAUAAUUCGUAGUCGCCAUGGUCGAAUCCGGCGGUUUAAAACUUUUUUUUUAUUUGAAACUCGUUCUACACCCGAUACCACACCCCGCCUACGUAAGUGCAAUGUAGUAAUGUACACGUCUCCGAAUCACGUAACCACCGUAAUUGGACUUUGUAUUCUGACCAAUAAACUUAUGAACCAUGAAAUUUA